CUCCUACAAUCAAUCUGUCUUUAUCUUCCUCACAGGGAUUUCCUUUCUGAGGCUGGUGAGAGAAGAACAGGGCCUCAUCACCUCCAGCCAGUCGUCCAAGACCAUGACUGUGCUGCUAAUGAACCCGGGCGAGGUGCCCCCUGACUUUCUCUCAGUGGCUGAGCAGCUCAGCAGCGUCCGGCACUCGGAGAAGGAGACCUACAUCACCCUGAUCAAACGCGCCUACCAGUCCACACUAGGCACCAAGUACCCGCUCCACAGUAUCCACCAAGUCCUGCAGGACAAAAAUGUGAACGAACUGGAGGAGAUCUUCUCUGUGGUAAGUGAUCUCUUAGAGACGGCCGCUGCCAUGAGUGACCCUCUGAAGGGCCGCAGUCAUGUCAUCCAGGGACUCGAGCAACUGAGGGAGAGGAUGAGAAUCCCAGCGUCCAAUGGAAGGAAGUCUGAUGGAAUGUUGCAGACUCUACCUCUGCCGACAGCCAAGUGUUACAUGUUUCACUGGGAAAAUGAUAAUUUUGAUGUUCUCAACACCCUUUUGGAGAAUGACCCCGACGACCUGUCCUCCAACGGGCAUGCUGAGGAGGAGGAGGAAGAGGAGGUAGACAGUGACGACGAGGAGGAGGAGGGGGAUGUGAUAGGGAUCGGUUUACGAGAAGAGGACGAACAAGACAAGGAAGAGGAGUUGCAUGACGUAGAACUGCCUUUAAUGUCCACCCAUCGUGCCUCCACCUUCUCCACCAUCUCCUCCCUGUCCACCGCCUCCAAAGACUCCAUGUUCUCUACCUUGUCCAUAACCUCAGGGUCGUACGCUCCAUCGCUCUACUCUGUGACUUCUGGAGUGGAUAGUGACUUCUUUGACGAUUUCGACGAGUCUCCCGUCUCAGAAAAAUGUUCCCCAAAGUCUAAUAAUAGAGCUUCUGCUCUCAGCCAGCACUUUUAUCGGCUCUUUGCCAAACCCAAAGGGUCCCGGUCGCUGAUCCGGGCCAAAAGUUUAGGAAACACAGAAUCAAAGGACCUUUCGUUGGUGCGAGACAGGCGCUCAAACUCUCUCCCGCAGCAGGUCAAGUUAAGAAGUCCUGAGCCCCUGCAGCAGCCUCACAGUCAGACUCUCAGACAUGUCUGUUUUCGGAGGAGGCCGAUUCUCAGUAGCGACGAGGACGUCAAGAACACCACGCUGAGGGUGGUGGUGUUCGGCGCCGAUCACGUCGUGGGGAAGGUUGCCCGGGCCUACAACAGCCUAAGGAGGAAGGAGAGUGAGUGUCCUCGCCUCAACAAGGCCUUCAAGCUUCGGUUCUACUUCGUGCCUGUGAAGAGGGACUCUGCAGCAGCAGGGCCGGGGAGUCUGAGGUCUCCUAGUCCUGUGGUCUACUCUGGAAGCCCAAGAAGAGCGAGCCUGACUAAUGAGCUACCGCUUUCGAGCGCAGGGGACAGUACUAAUGACAUCGCCAACCUCCUCGGUAUGUUGGACCCUUGGUAUGAGAGAAACACCCUCAGCCUGCUUAACUUGCCUGCCAACGUCGUCUGCCAGCAAACCUCAAAGACAGAAUCGGAGUCAUACGAUAGUUCGUAUGAGCAGCGUUUGCCAAUCCUGGCCGACUUGGUCCUGUACUACUGCCGCAACGCUACCAGGCCGGCUCUGAUCCAGCUGUAUCAAGCUGAGUUGACGUUAGCUGGCGGAGAGAAGAGGACCGAGGUGUUCGUCCACUCACUGGAGCUGGGUCACACUGCAGGAACACGAGCCAUCAAGGCCAUGGGCGCUGCCAGUAAGCGCUUUGGCAUCGAUGGAGACCGAGAAGCCGUGCCCCUUAUGUUAGAGGUGGUGUACAACAGGGUGGUGAUCAGUGGGAGGAGCCAAUGGAAAAAAGACACCAAAGUCUGUACUUCAGUCAACUUAACCAAAGCGUGCAAGAAUCCAGAAGAACUAGACUCAAAGAUGGAGUAUCUGCUGCUGACGACGACUGAAGUCCUGAAGAGACAGGGCGGAAAAAGCAAAAAGGGCUACAAUCAGCAGCUGAGUGUGACUGAGGUGAAGGUGGAUAAGGUGCAGAUCAGCGGAGCCGGAGACACGACCUUUGCAGUUUGUUUGGACCAGGAUGAGAAGAAAAUACUGCAGAGUGUCACCAGGUGUGACAUAUCGGUGUGCUAUAAACCCGACAGCUCCAGUGACUGGAAGUUAAGAGAAUCCCUGAGAUCAGCGCAAAUCCAGCCUCUGAACCCCACCUUCUGCUCCCUCCUCUGCCUGCCCAUCGUCACUUUCAGCGGCGCUCUUCCCUGAAAAACUGCUGACCACGAGCAUACGAUACUUCAAAUCUGUGAGAAAAAAAAAAA